AUGCUCAUUGAUGCUGUGAGGGUUGGGAGUGAAGGCUGAAUUUUCUAUUUCUUUUUCGUUACCCCUAUAAUUGUGCAACAUCUUUGGGUCAUCUGCCUCACCUGCAAAUGUUAUAUUAGGGUGUAAAUGAUGGAACCUCGCCUCAAAACAAAAAUAAAGAGAAAAAAUAUGACAACUGUCGAAUGAACUACUGUCUUGUUACUGGCUGCUUCGUAUCUAUAUAGAGCUAUGCAUGUAUUCAUGAUUUUUAAUGAUGGAGAUGAAGAUAAGUGUUAAAUCUAUUUAGAUAUUUUAAUGAUACAAAAAUGAAUGAUAGACAUUCAUUUCAAUUCUAUACACUUUCUAUCUUUUUUGUGACAUUUACUCUUUCUAUAUUUCUUUAAGUUUGGUUAUGCUUCUUUUGCUAGUGUGAAAAUUAUUUUAUAUAUUCAUUGUAAUAAAUGGGCCUCAUUUGUAGGUUUCUCCAUUUUGUUUUGUGGACGCUGUGAGGGAUUAUAUGUCUUUAACUAAGAGAUAUCCCAGAUUAUCAAUUUCUCCAGAAUUCUCUAAGGUAUAUCAUAGGCGUAUCUGCAGACUUUGCUUGUGGUUUUGUCAUCAAUUUAAAAAUGUUGCAAUUUCUUUUAGGUCGUCUUUAACUGGGCAAAGGAAAAGCUUAACAUUUCACUAUAUACUCCUGUGAGGUAAUGUGGACUUCAAAGAAUCUGUGAUUCAUUCAGCCUACCUGCACAUUGAUGAUGGUGGCAUUUGCAUUUUUUUGAUCUUGUUGUGAAUUAUAUAUUUAAUUUUGAAUCGAGCAGUUUUCAGCACGAAUUUGAAGUAGAUGCUGAGCAAAAAGAUUUAGAGCACAAUGUGGUGGAGACACAGAAGUCUAAGAGUGAUUCCACUGUCUGGAAUGCUAAGGUGACCGUGAAGAACAAUUCUUCGAAUUUUUUUUUUACGUGUUACACGCAAAGAAGUGUCUGUGGAUUGUUUGUCUAUGGACUUCGUUAUGCUUCGUACAUGUUACUUGGGCACAACUUUGCCAGUGUUUGAGAUAAUGCUAAACCUGGUUUGAAUGGAUCUGAUGUGCAUUACUCAUGUCUAAUAAAGUCUUUCUCGUUUCCUAUUCAUUCUAAAUUAAUAUGCUUCAUGCAUAAUGCACUUUAUAUAGAUCGAGAUAACAUUUCUGGAUAGUAUUUUUUUUGAUACGGAUAAUUAUCGAAAUUGUGAUAAAGUGUAUUUACGGUUUCCAAGGAGAUUUAUGCCAUUGGGAUAUUUCUUUUAGUCACUUGCCCAAGAGAUGUUAGUUGACUUAAUCUGAUUGCUGCGAUGGGUGCCAUCUUUUUGACGUUCAUUUUGAUGGUUUACACAUCUGACACAUGGUCAGCGGAAGGAGAGUAAUAUGGAAUUUUUGAUCCAAUUGGUGUUAAUCCUUGAAAUUAACUUUUCAUUAGUAAGGAUCUCUUUUCAGUCAGAUGGAAUUGUUUCUUGUUUUCUGAGUGGUAGUCAGUAGGCCACGAAUCAUUAGAAUGGAAAAUUUGCGGAGUAUAAUCACUGAAACUGGAAAGAUAAUAAUUUCGUUGUAUUGAGCACUUAGGGUUGUUGAGCUAGUAAGUGAAUCAAAUGACGUUCAAGGUUGUACAUCAAUUCUUGGCAAUGAUCUCCAAUUCUUUGUCAUGAUCCCUUAUUAUCCUUGAGUCGCCAAUCUUUAUGUACACCUUUAGAGACCAGUUCUGACAUAUCAUUGACAAAUUGGAUUUUUCGUUAGUUGUCAGCUAGGCAGAGCUUGUGAUCACUCACAUGAUGCCUGUUUUGUCGUUCACAGAACUCACUAUUGAAUUUGAGAAGUUUUUGUCUAAUGAUGAUUACAGUUUUUCUCUAUUGAAUGUGUGCAUCCGCCAAUUUGUGUUUGGUGUGGUAACACAGACUUCUUCUAGAGCGCGAAUCCUGUUGACUAUUUAUACGGUAUCAUCUUUGACCAAUAUGGCUUAAAACUUGCCAUGGGUAGGACCAUCAUAGAUUUCACCCGCAUAUAAUGUCAAAGUCUCAGUACUAUCUCGUUUCACUCUAUAACCGUGCUUCUCAAAUAUGUUUGGAUGUGUAAAGCUGGAAACAUUACGCAGCACAAUUCUCGAUUAAUGUCUUUAACAGUUUUGUCACAAUUAUAAUUCUUCUUCAUGCUUCACAACAAUUGAAGCAAGCAGGCCUCACUCCAGCCUCCUAAACAUCAGGGAAUUCAAUCAAGUAACGUCUCCAUCUUUUCUGAUAGCUGCCAGAAUAGAUACAAUUUUCUUUCCAUGAAGUAUUUUUUUCCCAUCUCUAUUGUUCCCAAACAUGUAAUACGUCUAUGUUUGCGAAUAAUUCAAUGCCAGUAAGAAUCUCCUAACCGCAAUCUGGUUGCGUGAAUCGAUCUUGCUGCUAGUUCAAAGUUAGUAAUGCCUUGCGAAUCAUUUUCUGCGGAAAUAUCCUCAGGGAUGGGCAUGCUGACUUCAUGGCAGUGAGACCCCUUAUCAAAGUCUUUACCAGAGGUUUCAUAGAUGACAAGAUAAUCAUAUUAUCUACAGAUUACAUAUUUGAAUAUCCAUCAAUUCGUUUAGCUUCAUUUUCAAGCCAUAGUCAGAAAUACCAAUGGAGUCUAUCUUGGUGGGUUCGAAUUCCAUUUCCAAUGCAAGUUGUCAUAAUCCAAUGGGACAGAUGGGGAAAAAUCUUACAGCCCUCUCUUUCUGGUCUGUCUUGGAAAUAACUGAAAUAUGACGGACAUUGGAAAAGGGGUAAACUAAGUGAUUGAAGGACCACUGUUGGUCCGUAGCUUAUGUUCGCUGCAAUGGGUGGCAGAGGAAUACGGAUUAAAUCCGUCACCUAUCUAGGAAUGAACGAAACGAGGUAAAGUGUGAAGAAACUAAGUAGUCAAAUUUUCACCAUUUCUGUACGUCUUUGGAGAUCUAAGGUUGGACACUAUCAUCACAAGCCCUAGAUAAUGAAAACUUAUUUUCUUUUAGAUCAAGGUUUUUAUUUGAUUAUUUCCAAGGAUGAGAUAAGAAUCCAAUCCAUUUCGUUGAAUUUUUAGUUGUCUAGUUUUCAUGUCCUGCAUUCUUUUCUUGUUCAUGGAACAUCAAAGCUCUUUUAUGCUGGAUUGAUUCAUAUUGAUUAGUCUCAUUUCAAGACAAAUGGUAUUCCUUGGUAAAAUUUGAAUUGAAUUUGAGUAAUGUCACUUGCUUGUUUUUUAUGUCAAAUGUGCUAGGAUUCUGAAAUUCGUUCACUCACUAACUUUUUAUUUCUAAAUAUCAAAUUGUAAUGCUUUUUCUUUAGAAACUAAUAUAGGAAACCCGGCUCAAGAUUCCCUUUAGCCACUUUUGGAAUAUACAUCACGAUUUGGAAUAUACAACACACUUCUGCGUCUUUUCAGUAGUUUGCAAGAUUUUUAGCCUGAUAUUUUCAUGCGAUGCUCGUCCAAAAUUUACAGAAACUUAUCCAUAUGUUGAUUCUUAUUCGUUCUGUUGAUCCAUGUCUUUGUCUACAUUUCAGGUGAUCUUGAUGAGUGGAAUCAGUGUUGAAGCUUUAGAGGAGCUCAAUGCUGAGCAAAGCUCUGAUGACAGGAUAUCCCAUAUUAACAAUCUUCUGAAGUUUGCCAUUCUCAGAAAAGAUCAUUCCUUUACGGCGAUUGGAGGUCCUUGGAAUGCCACUUUAGAUGGUGGAGAUCCUUCAACUGAUAACACGUCCCUAGUUCAGACAGCUAAAAGGUGUGUGGGAUUGUUCACUUUGUGACUUUAUAUUUUCUGGAUGAGCAGUGAAGACAUUUCCAUUGGUAGACUUUAAAUCUCUACAUUUUCUGUACCAGAUAUCUAAAAGAUUUGACCCAACUUGAUCUGGGAAACUGUCAGCAUUGGAAUGAAUUUAUUAAGGUAUUCCUUUUUGUUGCAUCUUUUUGUGUUUCCAGACGUGUUUUCCUCUAAAACAGAUUUUGUAGCUGGUUGUAUUCCAGUUGCUCCAAUUGAUGGAAGCAUGUGCAUUCAGUUUGUUCUUAAAAUUCAUCAUGCUUGUUCGGUUUCGGUUUUUUUCCUUGACUGAUAACAAAAGGCAAAUGCUAUAGAUUUGAGUAAUGGCGGUAUGAUAUCAUCAUUGUCAUCCCAUAAAUUCUGACUAUUUCAUAUUAGAGACGAAUUUGAUCUCUCCUUUUUUGUGUAGUGUUAUGGUUUUAUCCAACGUGCACAAUUUUAUGUUUCUCAUAACACAAUUCAAGUUUUUGUAGAAUGUUAUUUUACUUUCCAUUUUCUGGCAUAACGAAGAAUGUUCUUUACAUGACCGAUUCAUUCAUUUUAUUUGUACAAAGGAAGGGUGGGUGUGCUUUUGCAAACAUUUCAUCAGGGAUUUAUUAGGAUCCAUUCAUUUCUCUGUUUUUUUUUGCUCACGUAAUUGGAUAAUUUAGGGUAUGUAUUUCUGUUGGUUGAACGACUUAGAUAUGUUUCUAUUUUGCCCUGGGUUCACUGUUUCCAGUGUUUACCUUCCAUACUACACAUUCUGUCUACACCAUCAGGAGUCGUAAUCAUGAAAUGUGAACUUCAAGUGCAGUUCUUCCGUCCUGAAUAAUUUUUUUUUUUCCUUCAUAGUUCCCAGUUCUUUGUAUCUGAAACUUUUGUGUUUUCACUUUCUAUUUCAAAGGUCCAGGAAUGUCAUGUUGAGUCAUUAGCCAAUAAAUGUUUCCUGAAAUCUUCUAUGAUGCUAAUUGGUGAAAGGUUGGAGUUGCUUGUCUGUAUUUCUCAAGAUAAAUCAAUCAUUUUCUUGAGACCUCCAUAGUCAUAUGUCCCUGAAGUGAGCAGAGACGAGCAACAUUUGAAAAAAAUAGUCGUAAUAGUCCUCCCUAAGGGACGGCAUGACCUCCAUAGGUGUUACUGUCCACCACAUUGAGGAAUGCCUCUAGUUGUAAGGAUCCCCUUGGGGCCUGUGGUCUCCUGCUUGAGCCUUAAGUGUGUAACCCUGUCUCAUUUGGUUCCAAUAUGAUUGGCUGUUAAGUCCAUUCACAUCCUACUGUUCUUAAAAAACUAUUGGUGCCUCCCUUAGUAAUUGGGAUUGAGCAUCUGUGAUGCCAUACCUUUAACUUCAUAUUUGCCUGGCUGAAUCAUCACGAUUAUCUUACACGUGGGAGCGUCAGACAUCUUUUACCUUGCAUUGUUGCCUAGGUGAAUGAGGUCUUUGGCUCAAUAGCACAUUAUUUUUGAGUUUAGGAAAGGCUCUGUUGCGUAUGUUCCGUUUCGUGUAUCAUUGGCCUACUUGUUGUUUCAUAUGCUCCCAUUGAUUUUUUUCCCCUGUUUUUUGUAUUAUGGUCCAUUUUUUGUGCAUUUUAACAACCAACAUGUGGAGUUCGCUCAUGUUAUCGCUUUGAAAUAAUGGUGUGAAAUGGCUUCCGGCAGAUACACUAUGACAGAAUUGGGAAGGAUGGGCUACUUAGCCACAAAGAAAUCACCGUCCUAUAUUUGCCUGAUCUAUCAAAUUGCCUGCCUUCGAUAGAUCAAUGGAGAAGUCAGUGGCUUGCUCACAAAAUGAUGGUCGCUGAGAAGGAACAAUUCGCUGAAAAGCAGAAGGUUUUUUUUAGCUUCAGUUUUCUGUUUUCGAGUCUUUAUCUAUGGAUCCCAUUGAAGUCAAACUCAUUUUUCUUUCAUUGUUUCAGAAGUUGAGUGAAAAGGAUUUAUCACCAGGUAUGUAGAUUUAUUAAUUGUGUCCAAGUGUUACCAGUGGAAGUUUAUUUCUUUAGUUUGUCUGUUGCUGAGAGAGUGAAUGUUACGAAAAUCUUGUAGGUGAUCGGAAGCAUGAGAUAUCUGAGGUCGCUGUUGAUGUUGGGAAUGAUAUCAAAGUCAAGGUUGAGGAUGGUCCGGGCAAGCAUGACCUGGAAAGUCCUGACUGUGCAACUGCAUCUGAUGUUGAGAAAGCCGUGGACAUGGAUACAGGAGGGAUGUCGACUGCAGAUGAUAGACAAUCUAUCAAGGAGGGUGAGGUCGAAAGUAUUAAGGAAACUACUAGUGACAUGGAAAAUAUAGAAGAUGGAGCUUCUGCUCCAGCAAUAGUUGAUACUCGUAAGAAUGCUGAUAAGAUGGGGGAAACUGAUGAUGAGAACAAACAAGGUCAUCUGGAAGGUGCUGUCAAGCGUGAUGAGACUUCUCUAAGUGUGACUAAUGUCAGAACGUUUGUCCGGAAGAAGGUCACUAAAAAGAUUCCUGAGAAGACUCCUGAGAAAGAAGAUCAGAUUUUGGAAACUUUCAACGUACAGACUGAGAAAAUGGCUGAGAUGGAACCAGAAGUUUUGAAAGCAGAUGUCAAGGAUGAACAGGAGGGAGCUUCUGGAAAGGAGGCAGUACCCAAGACGGCUGGAAAGAAAAAAGUUAUUAGGAAAGUGAUAAAGAAAAAGAUCAUUAAGCUGGAUGAGAAACGUGAAAUUGCUGGUAGCAAGCAAGAUGGGAAAGCAGAUCCUGGUGGAGCAAUUGAAACUCACGAUAUAAAGAUAGAAGUGGAGGCUACUGUUGAUUCUGGUAUAAAUAAAUCAGGAGAUAGGGGUGGUAAUGAGUGUAAAGAACUGGGUAUUGUUAAGCAAGAUGAUUGUGGUGCGACAGAUGGAAAGGAGAACAAGGAAGAUAAAGAAGACGAGGAGAAGACAAUCCCAGAUGAUCAGGGUACUGUCGAGACUCAUGUUGCAAAACAAGAGGACUUGAAGAAACAUGGUGAAAAUGACAGGAGGGAGAAGGAUAAGGACGAGAAAAAACCUGAUUCUAAACAAAAAACUGGUAAGGAGUCCAAUGAAAAGAAGCCGGAGGUGGCUCCUGGAAACCCAGGUUUGUUUGUCCGGACAAAACAGACGACGGAGUCAAAAGUACGUUUUUAUCGUACCAUGAUAAUUUCUCUUACAAGUUUUUCUCAUGAUAUUGUAAUAUGCGUCAUGUUUCCAGACAUCAAUGAGAGAGAAUGUUGCUGCGCUUAUUUUUUUGUGCACAGAUACGCUCAAUUUCACUUUCACUUGACGGUCUCUUGGAUUAUAAUGAGAAAGACACUGAAGAGUCAACAGUUGAGGUUUGUCUUUCCUUGGCAUAAUCCUAUUGCUUUCUGUUCCAAGAACUUCAUUUUAAGACUCUGACUAGGUAGCUGUGUGGCUUAUUGUUGUGUGAAGUUUCUUUUUUGUGGUUCCUGUUUAACAAGGGAUCUAAUUAGCGUUGUAAUUAUAAAAUUUAAUGUGGAAAAUUAUUUCAUUUAUACCUUUUUUAUCAAAAAAAUAUCUCCAUUUUAAAAUUUGAGCUGUAUUUUUUUUACCUCAGUCGAUAAUUCCCCCUUGGUUAUUCGCCGGAUUGGUUGGUGUGAUUUCCAGCUCUGGUUGAGCCUGUUCUUGUAUAAAUUAUCCCGUUUCUUUAUUCGUUGUUCUCACUCAAUACCCCGACUGGUAUUGAGUGAGAAGUAUCCACUGUCUUUAGGCUUUUGAGCCAAUUAUCCACUACAUAUCAUGCAUCUAGUCUGACGUAAAACGUACCAACCUGACCUUUGAUAGAAAGUAAGCAAUGACACGGCUUCUCACGACCUGAAGGCCAGAUACCAAAGUCAGAUAUACAAAGACUUUUUUCUCCUGUUUUAUCACUUUCCUGCAUUGGAGCUGCAUAAUUUUUCUUAUUUUAUGCAUUGUAACUUAUUUAGGCCUCUUUUUUUUUACCUGUGACAUUACGUAAAAACGUUUAACAAUUUAAUUACAAAAAAAAGAGAAAUUUACCAUUUUCUGUUCCCCCAGUUCUUUUGUUUGCAACGGUGGACUGCUGUAACUAAAUCAGUCCUCCAGACAUGGGUGUAGGAUAGUUGGAUGUGCAGUUGGUAAGACGAUGAGAAAACGUUCCUGACAGCAAUGGUGGAUCACUGGGAACAUAAUUAUAGGCCCAGAAUUGAUAUCUAUUUUUCUGGCGGCCUCAUCAAUUGGCCAGUGUGUCUCUAUAUGAUAUAGUGCCAUCUGGCUCGAUCAUUUGUUGUACCAGUAGGACUCUUGUCGUUGAUCUUGGUUGUGCCACUCCUGCAGCAGUAUGAACCUUGACGCAUUUUCUGGAAGCUGGUGCUGAAAAUUGACCAAGUGAAAAUAUAUCAUCAAUAUUGAUGGUCGUAUUAUUCCCCUUCUUAAUAUCCUUCUCUUCAUAUCUUGUCAAACAUCAUAUUGCCUCUGGAACACAGUUUUCAAAUUGUAAACAUGUCUGAAAACCCAAUGAAGAUUUGAAGGAUAAAUAUACGCAAUAAGUGACGCUAUGAAUAUGCAGAGAAUCCGUUUGACUUUGCGCUUUACCAUUCUCCAGAUUCUGGUUUGUUUUCUUAUCUAAUUUCCGAACCAUUUUUGUAGCUCUCCUUGUUUGCAGAGUCCCUAAAUGAAAUGAUCCAGUUUGAGAUGGGAAGCCGACUUUUGUCAUUUCUUCAGGUAAAUUCCAUGGAAGCCUCUGCUUCGCCUCCCCUCCUAAAUGUAUUGACUUCUUGGUCUGUUCUCAAUUCACUUGAUACAACUUUCCUCCUCCAGAAGCUGCGCUCAAAUUGUUUGGCUAAACGAAACAAGCAAAAAAGAGAACGGGAGGAAACCGCUGAGAAGAAUGAGAAAGAAUCAUCUGCACACAAGCGUCUGAAAUCGGUUGACGACAAUAAAGUAGAGAAUGAAUGGGCUCAAUCUAUGGCACAGAGCAGCUCUACACUUGAUAAUGCUUCACAGAUUGCCAAAGACGAGAAUUCAGCCCAUGGGUUGGAUGAAUCUACAGCAGAGAAUAAAGAAGAGCAGGUGAUGGAGGUCCAAGAAGAUCUUAAAGAAGCAGAGGAAAUGGAUGAGACGCCGCCUGAGAACGUUGCAGCAAAGCAGGCAAGAUUUAUUUCGUUUCUUCUUCCAGGAUCCGAAUUUGCUUGUCUCCUGUUUCUUGCUAUAAUUCCCGGUCAGCUUCCUGCUGAGUGAUUACGUUUUUCAAUUGGUUGGAUCUGUAUAAAGCAUUCACUUUUUAUAUUGCACAAGGGGAUGGUGUAUCCAUGGAAGAAAGAAAGAGAAUGAGAAUGAACGGCCAAGGAUUACGUUAAUUUUUUUUUUCACCCGUUUUUCUCUUUGCCUGAGCUGCUUCUCCGAUGCAGGAAGAAAUCCCAGGUGAGAAGGUGGAGCCAGAGGAGAAGGCUGACGGGCUUCCCGAACAAGAAGUGAAGGGGGAGGACGGAAAGUCCACAGAGGAGGGGACUGCUAGACAUGAUACAGAGAGAGGCACUGCUAGAGAGGACGACCCUGGUAAGAAAGAGCAUGCGCCAGAGGUUGUCAAUGGAGACUUGCUGCAGGUAUCUUAUCCUUGUCAAUUUUUCUGCUGUUGGGCUUUUUUUUUUUUUCUCUUCAGUCAAAAUUCGAUUCAGUCCUCUCUGCGAUGAACCCCGAUGCUAAAAUAUUUCCAUCAAAAUCGAUCAGGCAUUCAGGUACUUCGAUCGAAAUAGAGUGGGCUACAUCAAGGUACGUAUGUCCGGGGAAAACCCACACCAGAGAGGAUCACUGAACCAUCUGAGAACGCCCCCACGUUUCCCCUGCAGGUCGAGGAUCUAAGGCUAAUCAUCCACAACUUGGGACUGUUUCUCUCACAGAAGGAGGUGAAGGUAUGGUUCUCUCUUCUUUCGCCCAUCUUAACGUCAGACUCUCAUAUUGGCCUCCCUGAUGCAAUCGGGAACGCCGCUGUCUCGCAGGAGCUGGUGCAGAGUGCUCUCCUGGAGAGCAGCUCUUCGAGGGACAACCGGGUCAUGUAUCAUAAGCUGGUUAGGAUGGGUGGUCUUCUGUCCUAG